UUUGUCAAUGUCAACAUUAUAUGAUGGAACUUGCACAAGUCGGAUAAAAACACGUCAGUAUUUUGCUGGUUUAUUUGCAAGAGAAAUAGUAAAAUAAUCUCAUAUAACUAAAAUCUCAUAGUACGAGAUAUAAGGAAUAUUAAAUACGUUAUAGCGUUUUGUUACUUUUCAGGUUAUUCUCAACAUGGGAUUCGAUAAACAGGUUAAACUAAAUAUAGUUACAUGGUUUAUUACACUGUCUUCCGCUUUUUGCUCUGUACAACCGCCUUCUAUCAACCCUGCCAUAUUGAAUGCAGCUACCACUAUCGGAGAGUGUCAGUCUUGUAAAAUAUUCGUCGAAUCCUUCAAAAAAGGAUUAGAAAGAACUGCUAGAGGGAAAUAUGAAGGUGGCGAUGCAGCGUGGGAGGAGGAAAAGCUUAAAAAAACUUAUAAACGCAGUGAAAUUCGAUUAGUAGACAUACAAGAAGGCAUAUGUAAAGAGGAGACUAAAUACGACAUACAAUGCCACCAUGUCGCUAAUAAAGCAGAGGAAUACAUAGAGGAAUGGUGGGCUCAAGACCCAGAUGAGUCUGAUGACUUGUACUCAUAUAUUUGUAUAGAGAAACUAAGGUUUUGCUGUCCUAAGAACCAUUUUGGAAAGGACUGCAACCCUUGUUUGGGGGAUCACACGAAUUUAUGUAGUGGUAAUGGAAAAUGUAGAGGAGAUGGUACUAGGAAAGGGAAUGGUACUUGUUUAUGUGAUGUUGGGUACACAGGGGAGAAUUGUGACCAAUGCUCUACUGGGUACUUCUUGUCUUAUAAAGAUGACAAUAAAAUGCUGUGUUCCGAGUGCCACAAAGGUUGUUUAGGAGGUUGUAGAGGUGGCAGUCAAAAAGACUGUGCAGCGUGUAAACCUGGCUUUAUAUUUGACUCAAAAGAUGGAUGCUUAGACAUAAAUGAGUGUGAUGACGAAAAGAGAUGUAAGGAGGACCAGUUUUGCCUGAAUUCGCUCGGUUCGUAUACUUGUAUGAACUGUGACAAAGCAUGCAAAGGCUGCCAUGGUGCUGGGCCAGAUAUGUGUAGAAAAUGUGCAAAAGGAUACUCUAUGAAAGGAGAGUUUUGUAUUCUUGAUCGAGAGGGUGAGGAUAAUUCUGAAAUAAUGACCACUACAAGGUACUUCACAUACAUUGGUUUGCUCAUAGCAACAGGCAUUUUGCUUCCCAAGUCUACAUCCCUCGGAAGCAUAGUUGGUUUCAUGGUGAUGUCAUACAUCAUGGGUGCAGAGUAUUACUGCAUGAUAAACGGACAUACAGGGCUAGUGAAUCUAACUAACUAUGAUUUAUUCCAGCUACUUCGUACAUAAGUGUGAAUGGGUUAAAAUGAGUGUUUAUUCAAUUGUACACAAUUCACAGACCUAACUCAAUUUAAAUGUAUAAAAGUACUAUGUAGUGCUAUCCUUUUCUGCUGGGAACAUUGUGAAAAGGACUAGAAAUUGUAACACUGACAUGACCAGCAAAAGAGAUUUAUUUAUAUCUUUAUCUAUCUUCAAUACAUAUUAUGAGUUUCAAACCUUAGGGAUUAUAAACAAAAUGUUACACACAUUUUACCACUUUGGAAGUAUCUCUCGCGCAAACUAUUCCGUUUUCGGAAAAAAGUGGCUGUGACAUACGGAUGGACAGACAGCUUGUGUAUUGAUACUAGGAAGUCUAAAAUUUCAUUAAGUAUAUUAAUUUAUUACUUAUGUAAAACACCUGAAAUUUCUUCAUUAAUAUAUUGUAUGUAGUAUGUAAAAUCAAGUGUGAAUUAAACAAUUUUAAUAAAAGUUCUAUCCAUAACUUCUAGUAGCAUUUCCUCAAACUAGGUAAUUAUUACAUAAGUACUUUAUUUUUCUAAAAACUGACUUUUAUUUUAAGAAAUAUUAUUAUCUGAAAGAUAUUUAACUUGUUCAAUGUAAUUGAUUAAAAGAUAAAGGUUUCUAAAAAAAGUUGUAAUAGCAUUUAAUGGUAGGCUUAUUUGUUUUAAUUACAAUUUAAUUAUUUAUUAUUUAUGUAUUUAGUUGUAAGAAAUUAUAAUAAUUUAGUUAUGUAAGAAUUUGUGAUUCGACUGUUUAAAUUUGUAUAUUUUUGUUUUUUUGCAAAUUGUAAUUUAUUGUGUUGUAAUUUUGUACAGUUGUGUUUUUGUAAGAAUAAUGUUUGAGACAAAGUCAUUGAAAUAAAUGUAUGCACCAU